GCUGGUCCCGACAAGUUUUCACAAGGAGUGGCCUCGAGGAAAAACACCAAAUCUACUUUUCGGAAGAUCCGGAAUGCAGCUCGUAGUACUAUCCAAGGAUUUAAAAGGAAUUUUGCCUUAGGAGUCAUCAAUAUUAUUUGAGAAAUGGGUAUGCAAAUGGACGAAUCCUUCUCAAAAUUUCUGUACAAGAAUCCACCAAUGUCACCGUAAAAUCUUCAGCAAAUUUUUGGCAAAAGAACAUCGAAACCCUAAGCUCACUCAUUGCACUGUAAAGAAGCCAUCGAAAUCCCGAAUCCAGUCCAGACAAACGCAGCAAGGGAACAUCUUCCACAUCAGAAAUCAUCAGCAUCGUCGUUGUCGUCCGAUUCCUUGAACCGAGACCCGAGAGGUAGCAAACCAGAGCUAACAAACCACAAACUUAGAAGGCAACGCUAGACUAGUCAUCAGUUGAAAAAAAAGAUCACCCGGACGUCCAACGGAGGAAUGCCCGGCUGCUGCUGAGGGUGUGUCCCGGAAGUGUGUCGCCCCCUGAAAGAUGCGAGAAAAAGAUCACUCCCCUCGGAAGAUGUUACCCAGCCCGAAGCAGGGAGCGGUCUACCCGCUGCUAGGCCUCGGUUCCACUAUUUCCGCGCAGCUGCCGUUCGACUUUUCCUCCAGCAAUCGUUCCUCGUCGUCGAAUCUUCUGCAUCAGCAACAGAGUCUGCUGGAUCAACCGCUGGACUUGCGGGUGGAUCACAAGAAAUCUUCUACCAGCUGCAGUUCAAAUUCCGACGAAGAAGAAACGAGCUCCCGAACGCCACUGGAAGAUGGCAAAGCCGACCAGGGGUUGCAGGAUAACAACAACAACCUGAGUAGCAACAGCACGGAAAGUUGUAGUAAAAGUCCCUCUUUGAACAACAAUAAUAAUAAUAACAACAAUAAUGUUAAAUUCACGAACAACAAUCACAUCAGUGUUAAGGAUGAGUUCCGAAUAUCGAAUUUGGGGAAUCACAGCCCUGCGAUAUUUCCUCCACCGGGAAUCAAUCCGUUGAUGUUGGAGGCGAUCGCGAAAGCUGGUCUGCCACUGCCCGGUUACCCGAAGUCGUUCUUGCCUGCCCGAUCACCGGUAUCGUACGAUCUCCAACGGUUGAAGGAACAGGACGUCCUAGCCGCAAGCCUCUCACGACUUCGACAGAGCACGAACGGAAUCUCCAACAACAAUAACAACAACUCCAAUAGUAUUAAUCACAAUCUCCCACCGGGGGCUACCAAGAACAAGGACCGUUACGCCUGCAAGUUCUGUGGCAAAGUUUUCCCUCGAUCCGCAAACCUCACGAGACAUCUGCGAACGCACACCGGAGAGCAGCCGUACAAAUGCAAAUACUGCGAACGUUCCUUCAGCAUAUCGAGCAAUCUGCAGCGUCACGUAAGGAACAUCCACAACAAGGAGCGUCCCUUCAAAUGUGCCCUAUGCGAACGCUGCUUCGGUCAACAGACAAACCUGGAUCGGCACCUCAAGAAACACGAAGCCGAUGCUGCCGGCCUCGGACUGGGUCUGGAGGAGCGCUUCCGAACAGCUCGACGAAACUCCCGAGGUAUCCCGGAAGAUUCCUACUUUGAAGAAAUUCGUUCCUUCAUGGGCAAGAUCACCCACCUGCCUAUCCCGCUGAGAAUGCAACCACCUCACCACUCACCAUCGCAACUCCACCACCAACAGCAGCACUCACCACUGCAAGUUCCGUCCUCCCUGCAGCAGCAGCAGCCACACCACCAUCACCAGCAACCGUCCACGCCGCUCGAUCAGAGCUCAUCGCGCAGUUCGUCACCAGCCUCGGAACCAGCCUCGCCCGCCGGAAGUUCCCACAGUCCACAUCUGGAGAUUAAAAUGGAAACCAACGACGAGGACGACGAAGAAGACUCGAAACCGUUGCAGGUCACCUGACCUCAUCGGUCCCAGAGACUGGGCUCCGCAUAACUAGGAGGUCCGGUCAAUCGGAACACGCAAUGUACAAUUUGAAUAAAUUCCUGUUAGCACUCAGUAAGAUUUAGGUACCUAGGAACAUAACCAGAGGGCAGAGCUGCCAACGGGGUUUUUGAUUGACAAGAGCGUAGAUUUUGGAUUCAAAGAGUAAAAUUAUCAAAUAAUUCAUUUUAAAAUAUGCCUACAACUUUUGUUGUAAUUAAGGUUUCUGAAUAUGAUCUCUGAGGUCAGCUUAGAAUGUCUAUUUGGAUGCACACAUAACAAGACGAAUUGAUCAUUCCUACGAAUCCUGAGCCAAAACCUGAACUCGAAAUGCGGGUCUUCUUUCGAUUGGUUUUGCCUAAUGAAUCGGAAGUACACAACAGGUAAUAACUCUCUGUGGUAAUAGUCAAGGUAUGCUUCACCCAUCAAGGUGAAGGUCGGACCUACUACGCACUGUGCUCAGAUACACACCAAAAGUGAGAUCAUUCUACACCGAUCGCGAUUUGCUGCGAGAUUCCAAAUACCUUUGAAAGCAAUCGUGAAAGGUCAAGUUCCGUUUUCGUCGUACUUUUUCUGCACAAAAUUUCCGGCUGCCGUUUCUGGUACGCAAGGGCAACGUACCAUUCAAACCUUCCUUCGACAAACGAAUAUCAGGUGCCCGGGUGUCUCAAACGCGACGUCACAUUCUUGGCAGAAAGUCGUGGCCAGAUGUCCGAACCUUUGUAGGUAGUUCUUGAAGCACCCCUGAGCGGUCUUCAUGGGUUGGAUGACCUGUCCAAACUAAAGAAACCUACUCGUACGGUUAAAGAACGAUCUUUAAGUAUUCACUGUAUCUCUCUUGUCAAUUCGAGUAAAACAGGGCCUUUUAGGAGAUUCUUCACAAAGCACUAUGCAUGGCUUCAACGUCUCGUCGGGUCUCAGAGGUACAUGUUUUUCCGUCUCACGACUUAACUUGUUGAACAUAAUUCCCUAAAUUCACUUGGUCCAUGUCAAUCGAUCUCCAAUUUCCCAAGCAUCCAACCUUCGCCAGAUCACGCUUCACUUUGUCUAACCACUUCGCUCGUUGCGCCCUGCUCGUCUCGUUCCUACCGGAUUCAUAUCAAUCACCUGAUUUGCAGGACAGGCGUCCGGCGUUCUCGCAAAACGUCCUGCCCAGCGCAUCCGUCCAGCUUUAGCCUGCUUUUGGAUACUGGGUUCGCCGUAGAGUCGCACGAGCUUGUGGUUCAUCCUUCGUCUCCAUACUCCGUUUAUCUGUACGACGCCAAAGAUGGUUCUUAACACUCGUCGCUCGAAUCGAGUGUGCGCAGAUCCUCCUCGAGCAAUAUCCACGUCUUGUGCUCGUAGAGGACAACCGGUUGGGUCUCAAAGACUUCAAUCUAAUCCCCGAACCAUGACUAUCCUUCGUACUUUCUUUUUAUUUAGUUCGUCUUUGAUUGAAAUACCGUAAAGACUAUAACUUGAAACUAAGAAAUACUGCAUAAUCCUAAUUUAAAUCUACGUUUACAAAGAAGUUUAAAAAGAUGGUUUCGGCCAUAUGCAGUAUGGUGGAAAGGUAUCCAGAGGAACUGACGUUGUCGUAGUGUCCUAGUGGAUAUGUAAAGGUUGACACGUUCCAGUACGUAAGCAGAGUCAACACGAUUGGCUAAGCAUAAAAAUCAAAUGCUUGUUGAAGCUCGGUACGACGCUUUUCAAGAGAAGCAAUGCUUAUCACGGCAAACCUUCGCUCGUACCGCGGAAGUCCUUCAUGGUGCGUUCCAAGGAAGGCGCCGUAGAGCGUACCUAACGAAGCUUUGCUGGACACGUUCAAGUCGGUAAUAGUGUGUACUCUGAGUAGGAGCCCAUACCUGAGCGGCGACGCAAAUAUCCUAAUGCGGCAAAUCCCUUCGCAGACGUGAGCGCGAUGUGUUCAGCGAAUGUUAGUUAGUUGACAAUUUUCACACCCAGGUCGAGAGUGGACUUGACAUUCUCCAAUGUAGAUCCCGAGAGUUGGUAUUUGAAGUUGACUGUGCUUCGUGCACGAGUGAAGUUGACUAUCUUACAUGUUUUGGCGUUUGCCGUCAUUCCAUUUAAGCGGCACCAGGCAUGUUUCGUGUCGUUUUGUGAGACAAGACAGUCAACGGCACUGAUAAUCUUCCUAAACAGCUUCAGACUAUCAGCAUAAAGCAAAGUGUCGGAUUGAAAAGUUUUACAUAAGUCAUUCACGAAAACUAUGAACAGAAGGGGUCCAAGGUGACUUCCCUGCGGUACGCGAGAUGGGGUGUCGAAAGCUCGUGAUUUCUAAAUUUCGCGAAAGCACCGAUAGGCUGAUACGAAGCAAUCCAAUGUUUUCAUGCCCUAUUUAUAACUUUAAUAAUGAGUGAUGCGAUUUCCGUGUCACAAAAAGGCUAUUUGAGGAACCUUUUAGAACUUACAUGCUCACAUUCGAAAAAAUUCGAGAAAAUACCAAUUCCCUUUGGAACCUUUGUUCAGCGAAAUUUGAACCUUCGAGGCACGAGUUUAAGUAGAUAUGGGACUUUUGGUUGCUUGGGUAGGAAACGUUUCCUUAAGUGAUCGAUUUAAAAUUCUGCUAAUCGGGGCAGCAACAGAUAGAGUGCAAUGUUUCAGAACUGCAGGAGGUAUGCCGUCAGGACCAGAUCCUUCCGUUGGGUCAACAGCGGUCAGCUUUUCGUAGAUGUCCUAAACGUAAAAGCACGACAAGGUCAAGUUUAUGUCGUAGAACUCGAGCGAUGCGAGGUAACAAGUGUUAGACGAUUCGGUCAAGCUGGAGGAAAUGACACCAUCGUUUCUGUCGUCAAUCCCGGCAACAUGUGAGGACUGUAUCGAAAACUCUUCUGCAACAGCUUUCUGUGAAUAAAAAUGAAAUAAUUUUAUUAUUUUAAUUUUUUCCUAUCCGGCUUAUUGAAGAUCAAUAUGAUUAGAAACAAUAUCAUGGUAAACAUAAGUCAAAAAUUUAUGUUCUAAAGAAUAAUUGCACUUUCGAUGAAAUGCCUUCCAUCAGUAGCUUUUGUGCAUUCCCUGGAUGCUGCCUUGAAAUUUCUCUCGAAUUCUUC